UCCAAGUCAGACUUAUCCACUAAAGCACUUCUACCAUUUCUUUACUUAAUCAUGUCUCUAGUGCGCACAUUCUGCGAUCCAUUGAAUCACCGAGUUCGACAUGUUGUUUGACGAUCCUUUCAAUGCUCGUCUCCGUCCUUCUUCUACCACCCACAGUACUCAUCGCCGUGAUCAGACGUUCCCCAGGUAGGUAUACUAUUACCUUCAAUCUAUUAAACACUCUACAGCGCUAAGCCGCGUCAACACAGAAUGGACCUACACGAGAAUACUGAGACCAAGACACUGACCGCGAUAUUCGAACUCCCUGGUAUGAAACAACAGGAUAUCAAUCUCGAGGUCCAUAGGAAUCGCCUGACAAUAUCCGGGGAGUCGAAAUACUUGGAGAAUUAUGACAAGGGCGGCUAUGCGGUGCAGGAGCGCUCAUUUGGCAAGUUCUCCAGGACCCUUUUGAUUCCUCAAGGAAUCAAGGUGAGAGUACACUGACAAUCCAAAUUCUGUGCAGCCAUUUAGCGCGUACGGCCAACGUAUUGUCCAGGCUGAGGAUAUCCACGCAAAGAUGGAGGAUGGAUUGCUCACCGUGUGCUUCCCGAAGGCUGGACCAGACCAGCAACCCCAGCAGGUUACAAUUGGGUGAAGACGCGGUGGCAUCUGCCUGGUCCCACCCACA